AUGCUUAAAUUUAAUUUGGAACAAAUCACCGGUCGUAUGGCCUGCGGAGAAGGACUUCAUUGGGAUAAAACAAGGAAAUGUAUGUACAUGUGCGAUAUUAACAGGAGCAUGGUUUUUAGAUAUGAUCCAUCGACAAAAACAUUACACGAAGCUAAAGUCGAUGCUCCGUUUGUUUCAUUAAUCAUUCCAGUUAAAGACACAACCGACAAGUUUGUUGUCGCCAUUGGUAAUUCAAUAGCUAUUAUGAAAUGGGAUGGAGUGAGCAACAGCGUUAAAAAAACAGAUUUGAACGUACUACACACGGUCGAACAAGACAAACCGAGAAAUCGUUUCAACGAUGGAAAAUGCGAUCCCACGGGAAGAGUUUUUGCCGGUACAAUGGGUGGUUUGGUCAAUGGGGUAUGGGAAGAAAAACAGGGAAGCUUUUACUGUUUUGAAAAAGAUUCGAAAAUGAGCGUCGCUUUUAACGAUGUCGGUAUCAGUAACGGACUUUGUUGGAGUUCCAACGGGAAAACAUUUUAUUAUGCCGAUUCAUUAAGGUAUUGCGUUGACGCUUACGAUUACGACACUAAAACGGGAAAAAUUAGUAACAGAAGAGUAAUUUUUGAACUGCCGAAAAAUGGUAUUCCAGGAAUUCCAGAUGGUAUGACGAUCGAUUCGAUGGGAAAUUUAUGGCUUGCCGUUUACAACGGUGGCUGCGUUCUCUGCAUAAAUCCAAAUACGAAAACGUUGAUAACUAAAAUUCCGAUGCCUGGAAAAUACAUAACUUGCGUUCAAUUCGGAGGUGACGAUUUACAGGACCUGUACGUUUCAUCCGCCACAGUCGAAACACCAAAAGAGGAUUUGAUAAACAGUCCUUAUUUGGGAGGUACGUUUAUUUUAACCGGUCUCGGGAUUAAAGGUUGCGAAAGUAUUCCGGCAGAUAUUUAA